AUGGUUUUCUCUGCGACAUCCUCGUCAUGGCUGGCGUCAGCAUUGACUCUCCUCUCCUUCUUUUCUCUCCUCCUCCCAACUAAUGCCCUGUACUUCUACAUGGAGGGCCGGCAAACAAAGUGCUUCUUCGAGGACCUCCCCAAGGAUACUCUGGUGGCCGGCCGUUUCGAGACAGAAAUUAUCAACCCCCAGAGCGGCACCUACGCGAUCGACCAUACCUUGAAGAUGCACAUCACCGUCGAGGAAACCUUCGACAAUGACCACCGCGUUGUGUCCAAGCGGGACAGCCACUCUGGUCGCUUCCACUUCUCCGCCGCAGAUGCCGGCCAGCACAGAGUCUGCUUCACACCUGAGACGGAUGUCACCUCCGGCUGGUUGUCCAACUCGCCGGGCGCCGUCAAGCUCACCGUCGACAUUGCCAUUGGUGAGACCAGCAAGAUUGAGACUGAGGACAAGGACAAAAUCAAGGAUAUCGUGCAGCGGGUUAAGGAUCUGAAUGGCCGGUUGCACGAUAUCCGUCGUGAGCAGGUGUACCAGCGGGAACGUGAGUCUGAAUUCCGUGACCAGUCUGAGACUACCAACUCGCGUGUCGUGCGCUGGACUCUUAUCCAGCUCGCCGUUUUGUCCGCCGCAUGCGCCUGGCAGCUCUCGCACCUGCGGUCAUUCUUCAUCAAGCAGAAGUUGACUUAG